AUGGUCUCCAAGACAUUCCUUAGCGCUGCGGCGCUCUUCACCCUGGCCUUUGCGCAGAACAAUAAGGGCGGCAACAACGGUGGAAACCAGAAUGCUGGAAACCAGGGCAAUGGAGGCAACAACAACGCGGCCGACUCGACGACAUUGAGCCAAAACGCGAUCCAGAGCGGCUCUUUCUCGGAUGGAUCCCAGGGUCUCGGAGCUGAGGAUGGACAAGCCGCUUCUCUGACCUCGCAGAACAACUUCAUCAACGAGUGCGCUGGCAAGACCCUCACCAACGGUCUUCAGAUCACGGACGGCUCGUGUAACGGUAUCCCUAUGGGAAACAUCCCCGCCAAGGCCCAGAUGAUCUCGUCCAUCAUCACCUUCCCUCAGAACGGUGAUAGCGUCCCGGCGCAGCAGGAUUUCACCAUCUCUGUCCAGACACAGAACCUCGAGGCCGGCUCCUUCACCAACGCUGAUGCGACCUACUAUGCCGCCCCUCAGACUCUGAACGGACAAGGGCAGGUUAUUGGGCACACCCACGUUACCGUCCAGGACUUGGGCAACUCCCUGAACCCUAGCCAGCCCCCAGACCCGACCCAGUUUGCCUUCUUCAAGGGUAUUAACGAUGCCGGCAAUGGCAAAGGCCUUCUCUCUGCUGAUGUUGCUGGCGGUCUCCCCGCCGGAAACUACCGUCUCUGCACCAUGACUUCUGCUUCCAACCACCAGCCUGUUCUCAUGCCUGUCGCUCAGCGUGGGUCUCAGGACGACUGCACCAAGUUCACCGUCACCAAUGGCGGUGGCAACAACAACGCCGGCAACAACGCCAACGCCAACGCAGGCCAGAACGCCAACGCCAACGCAGGUCAGAACGCCAAUGCCAACGCAGGCCAGAACGCCAACGCAGGUCAAAACGCCCAGAAGGGCCAGCAAGGUCAGCAGGCACAGCAGGGACAGGGCCAGCAGAAGCAGAACGGUCAACGGACACGUAGACUGGCCACCGAUAAGCGCAGCCGGCUCGCCCGCAUCGCCACUCGUGACUUCGUCGCCUGA